GAGGUAUAUUCUUAUCCAACAAUGUGUAUAUCUAAUUAUUCUUUAUCAAUCAAAAAGGCCAAAUAUUCUCUGGUUGCAGCUUUUCAAAUGUGAGGAUUCACUGCUUCUCUGUUCAUGUAAUUUGUGAACUUCAUAUAUUUUCAUUUGUGCCGGAUGAAGCGAGCCACCUUGACCUACAGUCUUGGUUCUCUGGGAAAUUGUUCAGUAUUCUCAAACAUUUGAUAGUAAGAAGAAUGAUUAUUAGCUGUAGGUAUAUGUUCUCUUUCUAUUGAUUCCAGUCUUUUCUUUUCUUAAUUAUAUGUUGUUUAUAUAGUGCCACAUAGACUUUUUACAUUUUGCAGGCAUUAACUUUACUUUCUAACGAACAGCUGCAUAAACACUCCAUUUCCAGCCUCAUUGAGGCUUCAAAGAAGUGCACUGCUACGCUCCUCAUUUUCCCUCUUGUUUGCAAAAGAUUAAACCACACAAGGCUUGUUUUCUUGUUGUGAGGUUUCACCGAAUCCCUCCAUUAAAAUAUUGUUAAUGUAACGCUGAAGAUGCUCAGUGGGACGUUUGGGUAGUUUGAGCUGGAGUCAGCAGGUUCCCUCUGGUUGUGUGGAAGCAGAAUGCUGCAGCUGCAAAUACCCCAAAUGGCAACCCAUGGAAACAUUUACCAGGAGGUGGUCUAUAAUUUCGAGUGGAAGUUUGACCCUUGGGAAUUCUUUUGUUUGUUCAGGGUUGUGUUGGGUUCGAACCAAAGGUCCCAUGUCGGCAGCAGCUUGGGAGAGAGGAUCAAAACCAACACGAGUACUUUAGGGCCGCAACUCAAAUUUAAAUUAUUGUUUGAUCUUGCGAUUUGUAAUAUAUUAAACAUAGCGAUUGACUGUUAAACAACCUAAAUAUAUUUAAUUGACUAUCAUAACAAGACGUAUACGUCUUCUCAUUCGAGAGGCCGUAACAAGCUAGUGUUGAGCAUUUUUGCUGAAAAAUACCUGAAACGAUUAAUUUACUAUCCAAAUAAUUGCUUUCACUUGUCUUAAUCAAUCGCUUGUGUUCAAUCAUAUGUUUAACUGCAGGUGUAGCCGAGUCAGUCUCAUGUACUUUUCUUUACUUUUAAAAGCACAUUAAGGGAAUUAUAUUAUUAUUCCUCUUUUCUGCAGGUUUCCACCGCAGCAGCUGAGCGACCUCCUGCAGAGUAAACCGAGGCGGCCAUAGACGUGAACGUUUUUUUUAUUGCAUUAAGUUGCGACUGCUUUGUAGCAACCACCAUGGAUCUAGGCUCAUUUGACAUCGACGCGCCGCAAUGGGACCAGUCGACGUUUAUGGGCCGGCUGAAACACUUCUUCAACAUCACAGACUGGCGAACGGCGGCUUUACCUGACUCGCGCUUGGAUGAGGCCAAAGUUUUAGUCGAACACUGCAGGUCAGGAUUCGUCCCUCCCGGCACCACAGAGGAGCAGCUCCACUACGCGAAGAAGCUGUACGACUCGGCCUUCCACCCCGACACCGGGGACCGCAUGAACCUCAUCGGCCGCAUGUCCUUCCAGGUGCCUGGAGGCAUGGCCAUCACCGGCUUCAUGCUGCAGUUCUACAGGACAGUUCCCGCCGUGGUGUUCUGGCAGUGGGUGAAUCAGUCCUUCAACGCUCUGGUCAACUACACCAACCGUAACGCUGCCUCCCCCAUCACUCCCAAGCAGAUCGGAGUAGCCUACUUCACAGCGACUAGCACUGCGUUGGCAACAGCGGUGGCACUCAACCUCUACACAAAGAAAGCUCCUCCUCUCGUGGCUCGCUGGGUCCCCUUUGUCGCGGUGGCGUCUGCCAACUGUGUUAACAUUCCUAUGAUGAGACAACAGGAAAUUCUGAAUGGCAUCUCAGUCACAGAUGAAAAUGGCAACAAUCUGGGCCACUCUACGAGAGCUGCAGUAAAAGGCAUCACUCAGGUGGUCGUCUCUCGGAUCAGCAUGGCUGCACCAGGAAUGAUCAUCCUCCCCAUCAUCAUGCAGAGAAUGGAAAAAUACAAGUUCAUGCAGAGGAUCACGUUCCUCCACGGACCGAUUCAAGUGAUGCUGGUGGGAGUGUUUUUGGUCUUCAUGGUGCCUGCUGCCUGCUCCUUGUUCCCGCAGAGAUGCUCAAUGGCCGUGUCCAAGCUGGAGCCCGAGCUGAGAGACUCCAUUAUGUCUCAAUAUGGAGACGCUGUGCAACGUGUCUACUUCAACAAAGGCCUCUGAGGCGGAGGGCUGACUAUCUGCUCGCGCACAAGACCGAAUACACAUGUCUGUCUCAUAAUUAGAUUAGAUCAAUCAUGUCAUUUAAAAAAAGAUCCAUUUAUUUGGUUCAAACUAGGUCGGUUUGCCUCCGUUAAACAGAUACAAAGGGCGCUGUGUGGUCCUGUUGAGAAACCAAUGAUCUCCUCUCAGGAACAGCACAUUACUUUGUCGGAUUAGAGCUCUUGUUGGUUUGUCCUUCAUGACUUAGAUUUGAAAGAAAUCUUCUUCUUUUUUAAACUGUUCUCCUUUCUGUCCGCCGAGCUUCCUUACAAUCUGUGCCUUUUGUCAAAGCAGCAACAACACGGCUGGAUUUAUUUUUCUUUAAACUAGCUUUUCUUUGAAACCAGAAAAGUACUUCUAUGCAUGGGUCAAACUCAUUCUGUGUGGUGCUGCAGUUCUGUGUGAUAAAAGUGGAGGAUGCUGCCCUCUUCUGGCAGAAUGAGAGUAGACUACAACUUGUUUGCAUGAUUUAUCUGAAAGGUUUACCAGUCGGAUCAUGUUGUGUGUUUGAACUCAGACUUGAUGAAAGAUGGAAUAAAACCAAAACAUUUGAAAUGUCGAACCCUGGAUAUAUAUAUUUUUUAACGGAUCUAUAUUCGAUAAAUUUUACUUAUAAAAAAGUUGAGGCAACAGUCAACUAAUUUGGAUGAAAUGGUUGUUAGGUCUUUAUUGAACUGAGGCCGUGGAGGAAGAAAUACUCCGUUGAAGUAAAAGUACCAAAUCACAAUAGAAAUCAAGUAUUUAAGGAUUUUCUGCUAAAUAUUCUUUAAUGUUCUAAUUCUGAAAACAAAUUGACCUCUUAGGCGGAUGUUUUGGAUGCAUCAAUGUCUCGAUGGCGUUUUACGGUUGUAGCUGGUCAAUGUGAUGUAGUUUUAACUACUUACAUAUUUCUUUAAAUGCAGUUAGAGGUUGAGAGGUGAUUAAUGGGGGAGGGGAGGAGAAGAAAAAAGACAGGAUCUGCUUUGAAAAACGAGGAUUAAUUUCUUUAGAUCUUUCUUUUACUGUGAAAUAUGCCGAAAAGAAAUUGUGAAAUCAAAAGCAAUUUUUGUUUUGUUGGUCGGACGCAGUGGCGGGCCGUCAGGGCCAGCAAGGCCUUCUCUGCUGGCCUAAACAUCAUCAGAAUAUAUAUUUUUUUCUAAAUAUAUUUUCCCACAAAUAUGUAUUCAAUUAUUUCCCAGGGUAAGAGUUAUUCUCUUAAUUUCAUAGCGUUCCUCUUGGUUGCGCUGCUGCCAGCCCCAGGUUGAGAUUUGGAGGGCUGGUCUUUUUGUUAGAUCUUUUAUCCAAUCAUAUUCAGCCAUCGUGUGUUGCCAGGGGGCUAACAUCUGCCCUUAGGCCUGCAGAAUCAACAUUGCGGGCGCUGGUAGCUUCAAGUGAAUGGGAAUGACAAUGUUGUGUCAACCAAUCAGCUUUAGAGUUGGCUCCUGUAGGCCUUCUAGCUGGCCCCGGAACCGGCACAGGUUCCGUCUUUUGAUUGGAUUACCAAUAUUGAGAGGCGGGGUCUAUGGGCAGGUAUAUGCAAAACCUCAGAACUAGGAAACUGAAUUUGAUAAAGGAAUUAAUUCGCGGACUACAAAGCUGUUUUUUCAACCCACAAUGAGGAAAGAAAGAAGGGUGGAUUUUGUGUUCAAAUAAUCAGUCUUUGGUGAGUCGGCAUACAAUGCAUUCUAUUUUUUAUUAAAUGUGUAUGUAUGUUUGGCACAAAAUAAAAUGGCAAAUAGCCUAUGUUGCAAAUUA